CUCCUCUUUGCCCCUCUUCUGCCUGAGCCCUUCUGUCCGUCUUUCCCUGCUCCUGCUGCACGGCCUCUGCGCCUCUCUCCGUCUCCUCUCUCCUCCGUGGGGGCGCACCGGGGCUGCGUCUCCGGCGCAGUCGCGACAGAAGUGGUGCCGAGACUGCCACGGGCACGGACUUGCUCGGCCUCGCCGCCGUCUUGGCUCGAGGGCGCCAGGCCAGACCGAAUCCUUCCACGCUUUGGCUCGAGGGCGCCAGGCAAGACCGAGUCCUUCCCCGCUUUGGCUCGAGGGUGCCAGGCAAGACCGAAUCCUUCCGGGGCAGUGUUGGAGGCUGUGGGGUGAGACCGAACCGGAACGGGGUCGCCCAGUCGGUGCCUCGGCUUCGGUCUCGGGUCGUUUCAGUUCGUGGCGUGCGUGCGAGCGGGGCGAGGCGGUGCGAGGUCCUCAACAUGUCUGUGCUUUCCCCGCGGGUGCACACAUAUGCGGUGAGAUCGAUACUUUAGAGUGCGUUGAUUUCGAGAGUUGUACAUGCAUGUAUACAGAUAUUCAUAUGCAUCGAUCCUGUGAUCGGACUGUAGACCGUAUGAGCCAAUGUAUGGGGAUAUCAAUCUCCAUAUAUGGACAGGCCGCGGGUCCGAUCCGACGCCGAUCGCAAAGCGAAAGCUUCAACCAUCUCCCCGACCUCCUUAUCACCCGAAGGGUUAUCCUGUAGGCAUGGUGGGAUCCUCUGCCGCUUGGCUGUUGACCGCAGCGCUCAAGCUGGAUGUCGUGCGAUUGGGGAGUGCAAUAAUGCUGGCCGAACAUCAGCGGAGCUACGUUCCCAAGUACGCACGCGUGGACGGCGAUAUCGAGACAAUGUGGCAAUUGCCUCAUGGAAUGCCAAAGGGCCUCUUGUUCAUAGCCCAUGGAUGCAAGCACCAGGGCACUGACGUUUUCAGUGAUGUCGGACCCGACGGCUGGCGACUAGAGGAGUGCAGCAACUCCAAUUCUGGCAGCUGCCUUGGCCUGCCAGAAGAAGUGAAAUUGCGUCAGACUGCCAGGAGGCGCGGCUACGUCGUUGUGUCUGUGUCUGGCGGCUCGGGCUCUCGCAGCUGUUGGCACAUGACGCAGGACCCGUCCCGUGUUUCUCGGGCAAUCCGGCACGUCGUCGAUUCAGAGGAGCUGCCGAAGGACAUCGCCGUGCUGGCCACCGGUGCUUCUUCGGGAGGCGCAUUCAUGGGCACACUGGCCGCGCCGCUUGGGCCGGACGGUGGUCUGCCGAACUUGAAGUGCAUCGUGCCGCAGAUCUCUGGGACCGCUGGGGAGAACCGCGGCGUCCCCACUCUUUACGUGCACAUGCCCAGGGACUCCAAGACUGCCGCUCGCAUCGAGGAGCAGAUUCGGGACCUUCGUGAGCGGGACGUGAGGGUCUGGGAGCUGAAGGUGCUGCAGAGGCCCGUGACGGAGGCUUUCCUGGAACAGUGCAUGCCCGCCGAGGCCGCCCGGCAGGGACUGAAAGCGCUGCGGCACGCGAGCUUGUUGGACUCGCGCGGGUUUCUGAAGAAUGGCAGCCGGCACAGGUUGUGGGUAAAGCCUCUCCAGGAAGCGGUGGGCGCCACAGUAUCGGACACUUUCGAGGCGGAUGCGAGCUGCGUCUCUGAGCUGAUGAACGUGGCAGAUGCGAUACAUGAGUUCACUGCCGAGUAUUCAGAGCAGAUGUCCAACUUCUGUGAAGGUGCAGACAUCGCUUGAGCGAGGCAGCGUGCGCUACAAUACGAUUAUGUGUCGCCAUCGGCCCUCGCAAGCGCUGGGGCAAAAGGGUAGACGUGCUUGAUUAGCAAGGUGGCCAUACGUAACAGACACAACUACGUCAA